AUGAAGCCAUCCAAGCCAACACCCUACCCUGGAAUGCAAGAGACCAUGCCCAAUCCUUACCCACCAGGCAACCCAACCAUGGCUCCUGGGUCUCAACCAGCUGAAUAUCAACGAUCUCUGAGUUUUAUUAAUGUAGGAAACCAAGCCCAAGGUGGGCAAUUUCCCUUCAUGACAUCUCCAGGACUCUUUCGUGGUAGUCAGUUUGCUCAAGGAAAUGUUCAAAUGGCAAUCCAGAUCAUAAUUGGAGUGAUGCACAUUGGUUUUGGGACUAUUCUAGGUUUGCUGGCCAUCACCGAUAGUAACAAUCUACUGGGCUUUGCUUCUCUUACUUUUCUCAGUGGAUACCCAUUCUGGGGUGGACUGUGUUUCAUUAUUUCUGGCUCUCUCUCUGUAUCAGCAUCCAAGGAAUUUUCCCCUUGUCUGAUAAAGGGCAGUCUAGGAAUGAACAUUGUCAGUUCUAUCUUCACCAUCUUUGGCAUAAUUCUUUUUUUGGUGGAUCUGAUCAUCAAUGGAGUAGAUAACCAAGCCUUCUCGGCCGUGCUUUCUGGAAAAGGAAUAUCUUCUAUGCUGCUGAUUUUCUCCAUCUUAGAGAUCUGCAUAGCAUGUACCACAGCUCACUUUGCCAAGCAAGCAAUCACGAAUACCAACAGGUCUGCCCUGGCUAUUCCAAAUAUGUAUGCAGCCAACCCCGUGACCCAGUCCUCACCAGCUCCUCCUCCCAGAUUUGAAGACCACCCAGCUUAUGCUCCUAGAUAA